CCCGGCGGAGAAAGAGAAAAAAGAAUACUACCAAAACCCGAUGUUUCCCAAACAACAGCAUGGGAAGUUUUUUUAAUGGUGACAGCUUUAUGUCUACGUUUCCACCUUUCUGAUGAAGCCCGACAGGCGAUUUUGGAGUUGGUGAAAUAUCUAGCUGGUCCAACUACUGUGAACUUGGAUGUUUCCAAAUAUUUAAUGUCUAAACUUUUUGAUCCACCAGACAAUGUCAUAAAUUAUGUAUUUUAUUGCGAAACAUGCCAUAUCGCUUUAGAAGAUCCUAUACCUAGAAGUAAAAUUAUUAAAUCUGAUAGAGGAUAUUGUAAAAAGUGCUGUAAAGAAUAUACACUUUCAGCUGACAAUAAAUUUUUGAUAAUGAAUUUAAGAUAUCAAAUACAGUCAUUGCUAGAGAAUGAAUCAGUGCAAGACAUGAUUGCAGAUAAUAUUAAAGAAAUAAAUAGCAAUAAUAAUGCUUAUGACAUAAGAAACAGCGAAAGAUAUGUCAUUACUCAUUACAUCAAUUCCAAUAACACUAAUGAUAGUAUUGUUUUAACACUAAAUGCUAAUACUGAUGGAAUAAAAGAUCUUAUGGAAACUGGUAUCAAGAUCGUAAAUAAAAGUGGAAAUUGUAACAGGGAGUCUGAGCUUCUUCAAUUAGCGCACCCGGCAACAAGUCGAAAAACUCUAACGGGUACUUAUUUGGGGUUUCGGCUCGGUUGGUGUUAUAUUUGUGGAAAUUAUAAUGAUCAUAGUAUGAGGUACUUAUUAACAUCUGAAACACCUGAAGAUCGUACUCAUGAAUCAUAUUUAAACGAUGUUGAUCAACAGAAUAAACAUGUAGAAACUCAUUGCCAAAAUAAAGCAAACUUAAAAAGUUCUGUAAGAGGUGUGAAAGGAAAGAGUGUGCUCUCUUCUUUGCGUGAUUUUGACUGUGUUUGGGGGUUUUCAUAUGAAUAUAUGCACAGUGUUCUCUUGGGUGUCACUAAACAACUUUGGAACACUUGGAAUGAUAAGUUUUUAAAAUCUCCUCAACGUGCUUUGAUUGAUAGUCGAUUAAUAUCUAUAAAACCACCGACUGAAAUUCAUCACGUGCCUCGAGUACUAAAAGAUAAAUGUAAAUGGAAAGCAGCGGAAUGGAGAUCUUGGCUCUUAUUUUAUAGCAUCCCCUGUUUAUCAGGAAUUUUAGAUGAUGAACUUUUAGAGUCAUACAAACUGUUUGUGAGAAGUAUUCACAAGCUUCUUUCCUUGAAGAUAACUGAUGAAGAUUUAGUACAGUGUGAAAUCGAUCUAUUAUUAUUUGUUGAUGGCUGUCAAAAUUUCUAUGGCACUUUAUUUAUGACUUUUAACGUUCAUUCUCUAUUACAUAUUGUCAGCAGUGUUAGAAAAAAUGGGCCAUUGUGAGCGACUGCUGCUAAUGCUUUUGAGAGUAACAUUUAUUGUUUCAAACAAGACAUUACAGGACCUAAAGGAGUGCUAAACCAGGUGGCAAAUCGAACAUUGAAACGUACUGCUAUUAAUAAUUAUCUAUCUACUGCCCCUGAUGAAGAGCCAUGGGUAUUUUGUAAAAAUAUAAUCAGUAAUCGAAAAGAAGUGACUACAAACUAUAAUUGCACAAGUGACGGGGCCUUAUUAAUUAAAAGUAAAUAAUUAUUAUUUGAGCAAUCUUCAAGUGUCAUAUAAUAAAUGUAUAUAUACAGGUCGCGUUUAUCAUAGUAAGUCUUAUACUAAAACUAAUAAAUCUGAUAACAGUUUUAUUCAAUUAAACGAUUCCCGCAUUGCGCAGAUUCAAAAUUUUAUCAUUUUGGAAGAUAAAACAUAUAUGAGUGUGAAAUAUUUAAAAGUUAAGCCUAUGAAUAAUGAAAUAAACUUUGUUAGUCAUAUAUUACAUAUAGAUAAAUUUCAUGAAAUGUUAAUUAAUAUCCCAAUUGUCGAUGUACAAUCGAAAGUAAUUUUUAUAAGUAUCUCCAAAAUAACAUCACCGAAUUCAGAUACUACAUCAGAUGACUAUAUAUGAAUUCAACAACAUUGUUGAAAUCCAGUGAAAUUAAUAUCUAUUGAAGAAUACGAAUAUUUUAGUACCUAGUUAUGAUAAUAAAAAAUAAAUACCUGUUUUAAUACUUAUAAAAAAAUUAUAUUAUUCUGAACUUACUUUUUGUCAAUAAAACGUUUUCAAUGCAUUAUUAACUUUUGAUAAUUAGUAACGAAUAUAAAUGAAAUUAUGUUAGGUGUUCUUAUAUAAGCCCACAUAAGUGAUGAAGAGUUCGUGUCACUGAUUAUCAUACACGGA